AUGAUCGCGAAAGGGGUGGCAGAUGCAGAGGAGGUCGACGCAGUCGGCGAGAAUGCCGUAUUAGAUGAGAACUUGAUUUCUGUGUUGCCCGCCGGCAGCAAAGUUGUGAAUGUGGCAUAUUCGGGUAUGAGUGCGUGGGUCAGGACGCUCAAGAUCGACGUUGAGCUACCGGACGGAUCUACAGAGUCUUACUUCAAAAAGGGCGCGCCUGGAAACCGAGGUCGCGAGAUGAUGAAAGGGGCGUUUGAGUCCGAGAGCCUUGUCUACUCGUUUAUUCCGGAUCACGUCCCCAAGCCCGUCGCCUGGGGCACGUACAAGUCCAAACCAAACAUGCACUUCUACCUGUGUCACUUUCAGGACAUGACCGACGACCUUCCCGACCCGGCCAGGUUCGGAGCGAUGCUCGCGCGGCUGCAUCGCAGGAGCAUGGGCAAGUCGCCCGCCGGGAGAUACGGCUUCCACGCACCGACGCAUCUCGCUUUCAUCCCGAACGACAACUCCUGGGCCGACACCUGGACCGAAUGGUUCUCCGGGGCCAUGUUGCGGAUGUUCACCGAGGAAGAGAAGUCCCAGGGCCACGAUGAGGAGCUGGACCUGCUGAAGACUGCGUUGCUCGACAAGGUGAUCCCUCGUUUGUUGCGACCAAUGGAGACAGGAGGGCAUGCGAUCCAACCUUGUCUCUGUCACUCGGAUGUGUGGCCAGGUAAUGUCAAACGCGAUGCGGCCGACGGCAAGAUUGUCUUCUUCGACUCCUGUGGCUUCUGGGGCCAUCAUGAAUCCGACCUCGGAUGCUGCAAAGCACCUCGCUAUAGUCUCGGCCGUCCAUAUGUGGAGGAGUAUUUCAAGAACAUCCCCGUCUCGGAACCCGCGGAAGAUUUCGAGGACCGGCAUGCUUUAUACGCUCUGUGA